AUGGCUCACAUAACGGAGAACAUUGUUACUUAUGACUACGUUGUCAUUGGUGGGGGUACAAGUGGUGCGGUUGCAGCUCGACGCUUGGCAGAAGGAGAUACAAACUCUAAUGUGUGUCUUAUCGAGGCUGGUCCGAGUCACGAAGAAAUUGUUGAUGGUCGUAUGCCUGGUAGUUGGGCUUUACACCCAGAAAGAUCGCACGACUGGAACUAUGAUACUGUUCCUCAGAAAGGUUGCAAUAAUCGUAUUAUAUAUGCUCUGCGUGCUCGUUUUCUCGGUGGAUGUAGUGCAAUCAAUGGUACAUUGCUUAUUCGUGGUGCUAAAGCGGAUUAUGAUCGCAUUGCAGCCAUGGGAAAUCCAGGAUGGAGUUGGGAAGAAAUGCUGCCAUAUUUCAAGGCAUCUGAGACGUUUCAUCCAGCUGAAUGGCACCAAGCAGACUUUGCUGUUCAUGGUACUAGUGGACCACUGCAUACUGAGCCAUAUCCUCUUGCACCUAUCUCUGAAAAAGUUCUGGAAUCCUUCAUUGACAGCGGCUUUGAGUACAAGCCAGAUAUGUUUGCGCAGGGUGACUAUGAAGGUGUUGGACAUGUUGUACGUACAGUUUACAAGGGUAUUCGAAGUACGAGUGCGGACUUUGUUCAUCAUUACGAUACAAAAAACCUUACAGUCCAAACAGGUGUCUAUGUUGAUCGGAUCAUUCUGGAAGAAAAUAAUAUAAAUAACAAAGAAAAUCGUGACUACAAGGCAGUUGGUGUGGAAGCACACUACGAUGCAAAUGGUCAACCGAUAAUCAUCAAAGCAAGAAAGGAAAUUAUUCUAAGUGCUGGUGCCUACAAUUCUCCGACGAUCUUAAUGCAUUCUGGUAUUGGUCCAGCAGAACACCUAGUUGAAAUGGGCAUCAGUUGUAAGAUCGACUUGCAAGGUGUAGGAAGAAAUCUUCAAGAUCAUACGAUUGUAUGGAGUUUUUUAGCUUAA